UCACAGAGGUAGAUGAUGAAGCCUCAAAAGAGGAGGGGGUCACAGAGGAAGAUGAUGAAGCCACAAUGGAGGAGGGGGUCACAGAGGAAGAUGAUGAAGCCACAAUGGAGGAGGGGGUCACAGAGGAAGAUGAUGAAGCCACAAAGGAGGAGGGGGUCACAGAGGAAGAUGAUGAAGCCACAAAGGAGGAGGGGGUCACAGAGGAAGAUGAUGAAGCCACAAAGGAGGAGGGGGUCACAGAGGAAGAUGAUGAAGCCACAAAGGAGGAGGGGGGUCACAGAGGAAAUUGAUGAAACCUCAAAGGAGGAGGGGGUCACAGAGGAAAUUGAUGAAGCCACAAAGGAGGAGGGGGUCACAGAGGAAAUUGAUGAAACCUUAAAGGAGGAGGGGGUCACAGAGGAACUUGAUGAUGCCUCAAAGGAGGAGGGGGUCACAGAGGAACUUGAUGAUGCCUCAAAGGAGGAGGGGGUCACAGAGGAACUUGAUGAUGCCUCAAAUGAUGAGGGGGGGUUCACAGAGAAAGAUGAUGAAGCCACAAAGAAGGAGGGGGUCACAGAGGAACUUGAUGAUGCCUCAAAGGAGGAGGGGGUCACAGAGGAGCUUGAUGAUGCCUCAAAUGAGGAGGGGGUCACAGAGAAAGAUGAUGAAGCCACAAAGAAGGAGGGGGUCACAGCGGACAAUGACGAUGAUGAUGAUGUGGUCCUCUUAGGGGUGGAGGACCCCCAGCCUUCUGCCACGACUCCUUCCUCCCACGACACGCCCAGCACCGCCUGUCUGGAGCCAGGUGAGGCGCCUGGAGACAUGGUCACAACGAUAGAGGAGGAGGAGGAAAUGGAGGUGGAGGAUGAGGAAGAGGAAACGACCCCCGCUUCUCCUGCAUCUUCCAGCGCUUCCACGGCGGCCGCGGCCCCUCCUAAAACUCCCAGCACAGAAGCAGAGCCCAUAGUGAUCGAGGAUGAGGACGAGGAGGAGGAGGAGGAGGACGCUGAGCAGAAAGACGCCUCCUCUUCCUCCCCCGGUGCACUCAGCAGCACCGAGCCAGACUCCAAGAUCAGGAUCUCCAGCGUCACCACUCUGGGGUCCGGAGGAGAGAAGGGGGGCUCGGCUGGUCCUAAAGAGAAGACCCCGACUCAGGAAGCAGAGGAGGACCAGGAGGACAUGAACCUGAUGAUCACCUCGGUGACCUCACUGCAGGACGGGGCGGCGACUGUGGCAGGUGAAGGCCAGUUGGAGGAAAACGGCCUUCAGAUCAGCAGUUCGUUCAGCCUGACUCCUGAAACCCCAUCUGGUCGCCCGACAGCCUCCUUCAACCCGGGGCGGGGCCAGCUGGUGCAGAACGGAGACUCGGGGACACACAAUAGAGCAGACUUGUGGAUCUCUCAGUCAGCUUCAGUUCCCAGGAACCAGAAGCAGUCGGGGGUGGACUCUCCCUCCCCGGCCUCCUCUCUGCCCAAACCUCCGGGCCAGUCUUCCUCCAACACUUCCUCCUCCGGGUCGCAGCCGCAGGCCAGGACCGUCAAGGUGACCUGUGCUAACUGUAAGAAGCCUCUGAAGAAAGGACAGACGGCCUACCAGCGUAAAGGCUCCACCCACCUGUUCUGCUCCACCACCUGUCUGUCCGCCUUCUCGCACAAACCCGCCCCCAAGAAGAGCUGCACCAUGUGCAAGAAGGACAUCACAAACAUGAAGGGGACCAUCGUGGCCCAGGUGGACUCCAGCGAGGCGUUUCAGGAGUUCUGCAGCACGGGUUGUCUCGGAGCGUACGAGAACAAACAGAACCCGCCCAAAUCAAUCCUCAAAACCAAAUGUACCGUCUGCGGCAAACUCACAGAGUUUUCCCUUCUGCAUUUCUCUCCCUCUCCAAAGAUCCGGCACGAGGUUAGCUUUAAGACUGUGACCCAUAAGAUCUGCAGCGACACGUGUUUCAACGUUUACCGGCGGGCCAACGGGUUGAUCAUGAACUGCUGCGAGCAGUGUGGAGACUACCUGCCCUGCAGAUCCACCGCCAACCACUUCCUGCUGGUGGACGGCCAACAGAAGCGCUUCUGCUGCCAGAACUGCAUCAGGGACUUCAAGCAGGCCAACAGUAAGCUUGCGAGCUGCCUGACGUGUAAAACUCUGAUCAAGACGGGCGAGGUGCUGCACAGCCUGGGGGCGUCCGGCACCAUGGGCUCCUACUGCUCCGUCAACUGCAUGAACAAGAGCAAGAUGGCCUCCACCUCCUUCAUCGCCUCAGAGCCUACAUGUCACUUCUGUAAGAGGAACUCUUUACCGCAGUACCAGGCCACGCUGUCGGAGGGAAACAUCCUGAACUUCUGCAGCUCGCAGUGCGUCACCAAGUUCCAGAACACCACUCUUCAAACGGCCACCAACGGACAGACGGCGCUCUCCACCAGAAACAACGGCGUGCAGCUGAAGUGUAACUACUGUCGAGGAGUGUUCAGCCUGAGGCCGGAGGUCCUGGAGUGGGAGGAAAAGGCGUACCAGUUCUGCAGUAAGACGUGCUGCGAGGACUACAAGAAGCUGCACUGCAUCGUGACGUUCUGCGAGUACUGCCAGGAGGAGAAGACGCUGCACGAGAUGGUCAAGUUCUCCGGAGUCAAGAGACCCUUCUGCAGCGAAGGCUGUAAGCUGUUAUUUAAGCAGGACUUCAUCAAGCGCCUGGGUCUGAAGUGUGUGAGCUGUAACCACUGCAGCCAGCUGUGUAAGAGAGGUUUGACCCGGCAGCUCGGAGGCAUGACGCGAGACUUCUGCAGCGAGGCCUGCGCCAAGAAGUUCCACGACUGGUACCACAAGGCGGCGAGGUGUGACUGCUGUAAGGUUCAGGGGAGCCUGACGGAGUCUGUGAUGUGGAGGGAGGAGAUGAAGCAGUUCUGUGAUCAGGACUGUCUGCUGAAGUUCUACCUGCAGCAGAACGACCCCAUCAUGGUCACACAGAAAGGCCCCGAGAACUGCACCGUGGCGCAAGGGGUCAAACUUGGGAUGGUGAAUCAGGGCACUCUGGCGUACGCUGGUGGAGGUUUGAUGAGAGACGUGAAGAACAAGGCGGUGCUCUGCAAGCCGCUCACGCUCACCAAGGCUACAUACUGCAAGCCUCACAUGCAGAGCAAACUCUUACAGACAGAUGUAGACGAUGGUGUGAAGAGGGAGUAUAUUCCUGUACCGAUACCUGUGCCUGUCUUCAUCCCCGUACCCAUGAACAUGUAUUCCCAGUUCACCCCCACUCCAUUCACUCUGCCUGUACCGGUCCCUGUGCCUGUGUUCCUGCCCACCACCCUGCAGGGGGCGGAGCAGCUCAUCCAGACCUUCAGAUAUCUGAAACGAGAGGCUCCCUCAGACCCUCCGGAGGCCGAUAAGCUCUCUGAGGCCGAGGUGAUUUCAGACGACGAGAAGCCAGACGUGAAGAGGGAGCGUCGAGAGAAGAAGGCCUCGAGCAGCAGCUCAGAGGAGGAAGAGGAGAAGGAUGAAAAGAAGGACGAGGAUAUGGAGGAGGAGAAGGCGGAGGAGAAGGAGGAGGAGGAUGAGGAGGAGGAGGAGAAGAAGGAGGAGGAUGAGAAGAAGGAGCAGGAGAAAGAGGAAGAAAUGGAGGAUAAAGAGGAAGGAAAGGAUGAGGAGGAACAAAAGGAUGAGGAAGAGUACGAGCCCGACCUUGACCUGGAGGCAGACUUUCCUCAAGCCUCAGAGCAUGUUCCAGUCCUGGAGGGAAUGGACGAGGACCUGGGCUUCUCUCUGCCUCCAGUGCUGGCUGAGGAGAAGGAGGAGCCUGCGCCUCGACCCCAGCCCAGGACACAGGGGAACAAGAAGCAGGCGGUGGAGGAAGGCUCAGAUUGUGCCUCGUCUUCCUCUCCAGCAGACAGACUGUCGGGGCGGUCGCUGCCUCUCAAAGCUCGAUACGGAGUCAACGCCUGGAAACGCUGGGCGAUGUCUCCUGACCAAUCAGACGACACCAAAGUAAAGGACAGCUCCAAACCAGGUCGGUCUAAAAGCAACCUGCUGUCUCUGAGCUCAGAGGAGCUGAACGCCGCUCUGUCCCGGUUUGUGAGGGAGGUCUGCCGGCCGGGGGGCGAGCGCUACUCUGCGGACAGCAUCUUCUACCUCUGCCUGGGGAUCCAGCAGCAUCUUCACUCCAAAGGCCGGACUGAUGACCUGUUCAGCGACCCGUGCUACCUGCUCUUUGGAGAAGAGCUGAACAAAGUCUUGAAGGACUGGCAGCCCAGCGUGCUCCCUGACGGCUCGCUGUGGGGCCGGGUGCAGGAGCAGAGUCUGUGGAGCAGCCGGCAGCUCGGCCAGCAGAGUCCGGACGCCCUGCUGCGCUCGCUGGUUUACCUCAACACCAAACACCUGGGGCUGCGCACCGUGGAGCAGCACCUCCGCCUGUCCUUCGCCAACGUGUACGGCCCCGACACCGUGCAUCCUGUCACCAAGGAGACCAGCGUGUGCGCCCGCGUGCCUUCCCUCUCUCAGGAUCACAGUGUGCAAACAACAGGGAAGAGGAAGCGGAGUUCAGAGGACGGCGAUCAGGACUUUGAAGCAGACGAGGACUCGGGAGGCUCGUCUGCUCGCUGCCCGGUGAAGAAGAACGAGACUCGCCUGUACGACCUCUACAGAUCCAAGUGCCCGUCGUUGUUGCGCGAGCGCCUCGACGUCUUCUACGUUCAGCCGGACCCCUCGUGCGGUCCCGACGACCCGCUGCGGUUCAGCUCCACGCCGCUGGAGAGACAGAUCCUGGAGAGUCUGCUCACCAGAGUGCUCCUGGUCAGAGACGUUUACACAGACACACCCCACCUGGAGGAGGAGGGUGGAGGUGAAGCAGCAGCUGGGGCAGAGAGAGAGUAGCACCUUUUGACUUUUGUUUGCAGAACACUCAGUGGAGGAGGAAGCAGGAGGAAGAUAGAAGUGCGUGUGCUUUUCCUGCGUCUCACCCUCUUCCCUCACUUGCUGUUUCCUCCUGGGGAGGGGCGUCCACAACCACGAACUGGAGGAGGAGGAGGAAAGUGGUGAUGAAGAGCAGCCCAAACUGAAGAGAGUCCUGACAUGUGACCUAACUGGGGUUAUGGGAGGAGCUUUAAUCUGUUCUCAUCGUGUAUCAACGGUUAUCAUAUUCUUACGUUAUCAGCAGCAGGCCAAAGGACAGCAAGUCGUGAAGCUUUGUGUCCUCACCAUCGCUCCGUGGAUGGAAGACGGAGCAGAAGAACAGUUCAAGAGUUAUUUUUACAAAGAUUUAAUAGGCAGAGGAAGGGUCUAGUGCCCCCAUAUGAGCAGAUGGAAGAGGGGAGUGCAAGACUGGAGAGUUCUACAAAAGCGAGCAGGUUGAAAUUCCAUCUGUGGUUGCAUGAACUGUACAGAAACCGAUAUUCACGACUGUUCCGUUCAGCAGCUCACCACGCCACAUUAACUGAUGCUCUAUAUUUCCAAUUUCUAUUUUAAUAAAGGAUGAUAAAACACCAAAUGUACUAUUGCGGGAAAAUAUUUUUGCAAUGACCCGUCAGUGAUUUAACUGUCAUUCUAUCCACUUCACUUGCUGGUUUGUAAAGUACCUACUGUUAAAAGAAAGCAACACUAAUAUUGGGUUGAAGAUUUAAAAUCCUUACACACCUACUGUUAGUCUGCUGGACUUCUGCUCAGGUAAAGUUUGUCUUGGGGUUUUUAACAUGAACUGUUGGAGUUUCCUGUUUCUGCGUGAUCUCCAUCAGACCUUUUGGCUCGGCAGAUGUUAGCCAAGAGAAACAUUAUACUAUAUUUUAUUCCAAACUAGUAUAUCACCAUCCAAUCGGAAGACAACUUGCAUUGGUUUCUGUUUUACUUUGUACCUGGAUCAGAAAAGUGACCGCACCCUUUUCCAUUGCUGUUAGAAGGGCAUCUUUUGUACCCACAUGUUUUUAAGCAGAUCAAAUUGUCACCCAACUCGAUAUUAAAUCAAUUAACAUGA